AUGGAUUUUGAAUUUUUUGACGUAUCUAAAAUUGCCACUCCCAAUAAAAUUUCACCAGUUAUUUCACCUUCGAACAACAAUAAUAAAAAUAACGACAAAGUUGAUGAUAUCCCUGAAAACUCUUCUUCAGCCAAUGAUAGGUCAAAACUUUUGGACCCUAAUGAAUAUCUCGAAGAUAAAGAUAUGGAAGAAGACCUAAAAGAUUUUACAGUUAUUACCAAAGCUACUCCCUUUGUAAUUGCUACUCAUAUUAAGUUUACACCUAAAGAAAAGAACAACAGCAAAAUUAUUCACGCUAUCAAUAAUGUUUUUGCUCAAAAUAACGAUUUUCGAGGAGUUUUUAUUCAUCGCGUCAAUUUGACGCAUUCUAUCAACACUUUCUGUGAUUUCUCCCAAUUUAAAGCUAAUAUGCAAUUUAACGAAAGAACUAUUCAUGUCACUGAUAUUCCUCUACAAAUGAAGCCUGCUAAUAUUAAACAAGUUUUUGCCAAAUAUGGAACUGUUAAUGACUUUAAAAUGACAGUAAGAG